GUGUAAAAUGUCAGAGGACACUGUGGUGGUGUUUGUGGAAAAGUCUAGCAAAUUUUUAAUAAAUUGUGUACUAUUUUGGCCAAAACACCUCAACAACAUGUAAUGGGGAUGUUUGUGGAUGGCAUGUGAUGAAAUACAAUUUGGAAUAUUGGUGAAAAUCCGUGGAAUUUUGGCCCUAAAAAGUCGCCUACGCAAGUUAAUCCAAAGAAAAGUGGAAGGAAAACCUUUUGGUUUUGGUGUUUUAGUUAGGACACAGUGGGAAAGUUACAAUCAAAUUGAUUGGACGCCUUUUGGAUUUUUUGCACCUGUUUCUACGGAUAUCUCAGCUGGAAAGUGAUCCGGAGGCGAAAGAGGAGGAAUCAUGGCACAGCCUGAGGAGAAUGACAGUCUCUCACCUGCCGACGAGACAAAUAUCUUUAUCAAUCCGGCCGAUGGUUUGCCCAAUCAGCAUCCAAUACAGCAUUUAGAUUCAGAUGAUGAGAAUGAAACCACAGAUGCCGAUACACUCGAUGAUCUGCCCACAUCCAUCAUUGUUACCAAUAUUCAUUCGGAGGUGUUUACGAAUGAGGAACUCAAAGCUGAUAUGGAGAAUCUCUUUCGUACCUUCUCCGAAUCUGUCACAUUUCACUGGCUCAAGAGCUUCAAGAGGCUCCGUGUGAACUUUGACUCAGCCAUAGCGGCUGCCAGUGCAAGGUUACAAUUGCAUCAAUAUCAAUUCUCAAAGUCAGUUAUCAGCUGCUACUUUGCACAGCCCGUGACGCCAGUCUCACAUAAGAAUCUCCAGCCACCGGCUCCGGUGAAGCAAUUCCUAAUAUCUCCGCCCGCCUCACCUCCAGCCGGCUGGGAGCCACGCGAGGAGAAUGAACCACUUGUCAAUCAUGAUCUCCUGGCUGCUCUGGCCAAUCUCACACCCGGCGAGAGUCACGAGGUUCAUCCACCCACCGAAAGUCAACCGGGCAUAAUUGUUCACACAGCACUCACGGCAGCAGCUGAUUUGGCGCCUGUUGAGGCACCCAAGAUGAAAAUUAUUCAUACAAAGUGUCCGGAGAGGCAGUCGCCAUAAAUUUAAUCCAAGUAUUAAUUAAAGUUUCUGGAAGGAUGAAGAAUGGGGAUAGAAAAAGACAAAGUUGAAUAUGCUGUUGCAACUUUUCGAUUACACUGUGAUGGAAAGGUUAUUGCAUGAGGAUAUUUGAUAUAGCUCCUUCGACAAGCAUCAAAUAUAAUAUUAUACGAGUAUAUAGGAAAAAAAAUGAGAGUGAAGUUUAGUAUGUUUCCAUACACACUUGCUGGAAAAAUAUCUCUCUAUAACAAGUUUUCUUAUUCAAGUAAAAGGAAAAAAAAGAGAAAGAUUUUUCAUGUGUAACACAAAACUUUGUUUUCCCUUCUCUCUCAAAUCGAUGCACAGAAUUCUCAGCGAUAGAACAAGAAAAAAUAAUAAUGUAGAAAAAGAAAAUCCAUUUAAUGAGAUAGCAAAAAGGUAGUAAGUAGAAAAUCUCGUGUUCUAUCUUAUUUAAUGAGAUAAAUUGGAAGUUGAAGAAAGAAAAUUAAAUAAUUGACACAGCAGCUUCUGUUAUCAUUAUAAUAGAGACACUUAUAAAUAGACAACUUUUUGAUCUCAAACUGAAUUUUUCCCUUUUUCUCCAACUAAAAUUGUUUGUAUAAAUUCAAGUGUGGACAAACUUGUCACACAAAAAUUAUGGCAAAACAUACAACGUUAACGAUGAUAUUACAAUCGUCAAUUUUACUUAUAAAAAAAUAAAAUAAAAAGAUCUACUAUACACUAAAAAAGAAAACCCAAAAAAAUACUGAAAAAGAAAAAAGUAUAGAAAGAGUAAAAAAAUAUACAAAGAACAUAUCUGUUGAUAAAAUAUUUGUUUAAAAAAUGAGUAGAGAGAGAAAAGAAAAACUACACAUGUGAUAUUAAAUAAAAAAAAUGAAUAUUUAAAAAAAAAAGAAGAUAAAAAUAUUCUGUGCAUCGCACCUAACUGAUUUGAUUGAAGUCCAAUUGAAAGAAAGUUGACGAAACGGAAAAUGCGAAAUACUAUACGCUGCGCACGGAGCUUUCUUGUUAAAAAAUUUAUGUUUUAUCUCACUCUAUAGAGCGAUAACAGAAGGGCAAAUAUCAAAAUUGAUGUGAAAAUUUUAAGCAAAAUGCAAUAUGGGGUAAAUUACAAUGACUGUCAAAUUUCAGUUUUUUUUUUUUCUGGACAGAAUCUAGCCAUAAGAAUCAUAAUGGCUAUCACUCUAUACAGAAGAAAAUAUUUUGUAAAAUUGUUCGUAAAUGUCCGAAAGUUCCCACUUGAGGACUUACGAAAUGCUCAUAAAUCGUAUAAUGCCGAACGCACAAUAUCUUUUAUUUAGUAAACAUGUUUUUGAUAUUUCAAUGGGAGUAAGUGAGAUCUAGAUCUAGUCAUCUCGCUCAUUCUCAUGGGAAAUUUUGAAAACAUGUCUACAAACAAAAGUUAUGACCAGCGCACAAUAACUUUUGUUUGUAAAUAUGUUUUCAAAAUUUCCCAUUAGAAUGAGCGAGAUGACUAGAUCUAGAUCUCACUCACUCUCAUUGAAAUGUCAAAAACAUGUUUACUAAACAAAAGUUAUUGUGCGUUGAUCAUUAUUGUGUGCUGGUCAUAACCCACUAAAAAUUUCGUAAAUAUUUGUAUUUUUCAUAAAUAUUGUGUAACUUGAUCACUUAACGAAAAUUUUUUGUUCUUUUACAAACAUUUGUUCGUCAAUGUUCGUAAACACAUAAAAGAUAUUCGUAAAAUUUUGUCAUUUGUUCGUAAACUUUUGUCAGACAAACAGAAAUGUACAAACAAAUGAUUGUCAAAGUACAAAAAAUGUUCGUUAAGUGAUCUUGUUGCGAGUAAUGUUUGUGAAAAUGUCCAAAUUUCUACGAACUUUUUUGUGAGAUCUAUGAUUUACGAGCAUUUAGUAAGUUCCCAGUGGAUUUUACAAACAAUUACGAACAAUAUUACGAAAUAGUUUUUCUGUGUAUAUUUAGGGCAAAUGAACCUACCUAACUUCAUAUUUAAGGGGUUAUUAUAAAAAUUAAGGUUAUGUUGGACAUAACCUAAAAUAUUUCAAACGUAUGAUUUACUGCAACUACUAAGAUUUUUUUUUAAAAUUUUAUCCUUAGGGCAUUUUAAAACCAAAUGAGAUAAUUUGGUUCAAUUUUACAGCGAUUCCAAUGAUCUAAUUGGAAUACUUUAAGACGUAUAUCGUUGAAAAAAAUUUAGGUUAGAAUUUUUGAAAUAUCUGAAGUUUUUUUUUUAAACCAUAUUGAAAUACUGAAUUUGUAUUCGUAAAUCAUUAAACGUAAUUUCAAAAGAAAAUUUAUUUGCCUUUUUUUAAUAUAACACGAUUUUUGAGGUUAGAUAAAUAAACAGGAAAAUGAAUUUCAUUUUUUCUAUAAUUAUAACGCAAACAUCUUUCGGAUUUUAACCCUUUAAGGACCAGUUGGGCACCGAUGACUUAACUUUAAACUAUACAAAAUAUUAAUUUGUCCUUUAAAUAAGUAUUUUGAUUUUUUUGGUCAGCAGUGACGCACUGGUUCCUAAAAACUUUAAAUGUCAGAAUCUAUAAAGUUUUUAUGGCUCCUUUUAGUAUAGGAAAAUUUCAUGAGAUCAAAAUGUACAUCCUUUUCUUAAACGUUUUGCAUGUGUCUAUCCCACUCUUUUGCACUUUUCUUAUCUUUUGGAACAUCACAGCAAUUUUAAUUUAUAGUUAAAUACAGUUUUGAAAGUGAGAGAGUGAGACAGACUUUAAGUAAAAUGUUUAGGAAAGAAACGUACAUGAAUUUUGAUUUCAUGAAAUGUUUGUGAUCUAGCUAGAAAGUGUACCAGAGAGUCAUUAGCAUGAUUUUAGUUCAUUUGCAUUUUUUAGGUUAGGCCGAUAAUAACUUAAAAUUUUUCAAAAUUUUAUUUAAAAUAUAUUUUAUUUGCGAAUUUUGUGAAAAUGGAUUAAUCUGCGAAGUUUUUAUUUAAGAAAUGGAUUGGCUCCAGCACACCUUUUAGGCCAGGAAAAUUUCAUGAAGUCGAAAUUCGAAUCACUUUCUUUCUCAUAGGUUUUGCAAAUGACUAUCUCGGUCUUUCGAAGUCUUCUUCUUCUUUGGAACAUAACACGAAAUUCAAUUUAGCUCAAUCGAAUUUAGAGAGCUUUUAGUACUUAGUAAAGUAUAUUUUAGUACAUUUACUGUAAGCCGAGACACAUAUCUUGAGAGGCAAAUAAAUAAGUUACUAUAAAGAAUGUUUAUUCAUACUAUGAAUUUUGAUAAAUUUCUUUGAUGAUAGAUCGAGAAUCGCAGAAAAAUCGUAAGAAUCGUAAUAAACACUGAGAACUUAAUCUUUAUUAUAGCUGGCUGGUAUGCGUCUUAGCUAAUUAUUAUCUGGUUUUGACAGUCAAUAUAUUUGAGCCCUAAUUCCCUCAUAAAAGUUUACCGUCCCGUUGGUUCCUGUGAUGUGAAUAAUUGCAUAGAGAGUGAGUGUAACUAAGAUUAUUUUUUACACAAAAGUUCCGUACGGAGCCCACAACAAAAUUAAACUAUAUACAUUUUUUGUUUAUUUUGACGGAGAAGGUGAAAGAAAUAUUAAAAAAAAAGAACCAGAAGAUAGCGUCAAUGAGUGGAAUGAAAAAAAACUUGUCUUCCGUAAAUUACAAUCAGAUAAGUAUAUAAUUUAAAGGAGAUUCUUUUGGUUAUUCUUUUAACACCUUUUUCCGUUCAAAUACUUUAAAUGUUGUUCAGAGAAUUGAAAGUCACAGUUCUCGCGAAAUUGCGAAAUAUUUCAUUAAUAAAACAAAUAAAAUAUACGAGAACAUUUAUAUUUAAAAUAAAAAAAAAAGAAAUUUGAAUAAUUUUAGGUCAGAAAAUUAGUGAUGGAUUGCAUAGUGUAGCAAAUAAAAUGAGAUUUUAAGAGAAAUAAAACAGAAAAUGAAGAAAAAAAAUUAGUGAAAAGCGUUUAUAUUUUCUGAUAAAAUAAUAUACUUGACGAUGGUUUUUUGAAGAAUUGCAAAAAGAAAAAAAAUAGUGUAAAUAUUCUGUUAGAUGCAUUCAAUUUUUAGAAUAUUUAUUGCAAUUUGAAGAAGGAGAUGGAAAAUGUAAAAAAAAGAUAGAAUGAUCAAAGAAUAAUAUUAGGAAAUUUGACCAAUAAUUUAAACGGGCAGCAAGUUUUUAAAAUAGUAAUUAAAAUGCGAGAAGUUUUUGAAAAGCAAAAGUGUUUAAUUAAGCAAAAGGCCAAGAAGAAUUGUAGAGAUACUGCUUUGCAAAGUAGUUGUUUGUUGAGCAUUCAGAUCAAGUCUUGUUUCAAGAAUAUGUUUCUAGUGAUUAUUUUUCUGUCUUCAAAAGAUAUUCUGUGGCGCACUGUCUUUAAACAUUUUUGGCGAAGAAGAAAAAAUGAAAAUAAGAAAGAGAUUUUGGAAAUUCAAAAGAAAUCUUCUCUAUAUUCUUGUAAGAAAUAACUAUAUAAUAUUGAUAACAAAAAAAAACUAUAAAUGUCUCUGCAAAAUCUCCCCUUUCCUCGCAAAAUGAUGUUCAUUGGUGAAGUGAGAUGAACAUUCGUACUAUUUAUUCAAUGUGUAAAUAAAGAGAUUUGUGGUAAAACAGGAGGGAUAGUGAGUUGAAACCAAAUAUUGUGAAGAGAGGGAAUUAAUAAUGAAUUGGAUAUGUAAGAAAAAAUAUUUAUAUUUUAUUCUUCACAUCGAAUUUCUUAGUAUUUGACAGAGGUGAAUACAAAAAAUAUAUAUAUUUAGUCAUAUUUAAUAUCGAUUUAAUUUUACACAAUUUUAUUUAUUUAUCCUUUUCGUUGUCCAAGUGAUUAUUUUAUUUUGUCUAAUUAAAAUAUGUAUACACAUUAACUACGUCUCGAUUCCGACGAAAGAUAUAUACACGUUAGUUUUUUUACAUAUAAAAAAAUUGAUGUUAAUUUUUUAUUAUUAUAUUCGUUGUACAUAAAAGGUAAUAACAAUAAAAUACAGAUGAAUGUUGAUUAUGGAAUAUUAUAAUCUCUGAUAAUAAAUAAAAGAAACAAUAGUAAUUGUUCACAAGUCAAA